AUGGGGCGUCAGGAAUUUGUCGUGUCUUUGGUUUUCGACUUUUCGUUAGAAAGUAUAUGCGUGAUGAAUUUCGGGGACUGCGGCGUGAAUCGCACGUGGAAAAAAGGCGUCAGAGACGCCGUCGGUAUACUACUGAUCUCGCAUGAGUCCUCUGCAAAUUUUGGAACCCCACAAGGGGCAGCUGCUGAUCCCAAAUCUGGUUCCGUGGGGCUUCUAGAAGAAAGGCAUAACUUGUUUCAAUCCCCUUUGUGGGAUGCCGCUGAAAACGACUUUCGAAGAGCUGCAAGCAGAAUCGUGGGAACGAACUUUUUGCUGUACGAUCCGAUGCUGGACACCAAUUACAAGGAUAAAUUGAUGAAGGGAACUGAACAGGUUGCAACCCCGGAAGACAGUUUCCAGCAGGGCAAUCAGGUGGCAAACUACGAAUACGAUACCGAAGACGGCAAUAAUAAUUACAAGGAUUCCGCUGGCGGUUACGACGACUCGUCAUCAAACGCGUCUCCAUCGGAAAACUACUCAACCGGCUCUGGUCCAGUUGCAAACAAGAAUACGCCGAAAAUGACUUAUUCUUCUCCUGUUCUUUCGAAUCCUGUGGAACUAGUGACGAGUCAGCCUUUGCCGUUGGAGCCCUACAGCAACAGCAAUCAUUAUAGCUACAACUCCGGGCAUCAUUCGCAUCCCGGGAGUAACCAGCACCAAGGACCGAUUCAGCAAGAAGCAGAUUACCAACAAGAAGACUAUCGAACUGAAACCGGUUCAACUGACUCACCAGCAGCUGAUGCACAAGAACAGUCUCAAACUCAACAAAACAAUCAGAAUCAAGAAGCCAGCGAUUCCUUGGCGAACGACGGUAGUAAUGAGCAAGACGCAAAUUACAACUACGACGAUUAUUACGCUCAAGCCAACGACGGGAAUCAAGAUGAUGAAAACGAGAAAAUGCCAUUGAUUCAAGAACCACCAACAAAACAAAUCAUGCAGGAACAAGCCAAUGGCAGCGACAAAUCAAGCAACGACAACAACAACAACAGCGAUGAUCAAGAAGAAGAAGAAGAAGAUCCCCCACUGAAAAACCAAAAAAAUAAGUUUCAAAACUCUGAUCAGAAUAACAACUCGGCAGAUGAAAAUGAUGAUGUCGACGAAGACGUGAAGCAAGGAAACAAGAAUAAAAAAAAAUUCAAAAAGAGACCAGUAAAGAAUCAGCAGAACCAAAACCUGGUCAAUAUCGCCAACAUCAAUGACGAAGAAAUCGACGGGCUUCAGCAAACCGACGACUAUCCCGAAGUGGAAGACGUGAGAAUCCCGAUAUUAAACGACGAGGAAGAUGAUAAUGACAGCAAAAUUUUAAACCAAAAGAAGUCUGUUUGGUGGAUUUUGUCUGUUGGGCGGGAGGAAAAAAUGCUUGCAGAGCUGGUCUGUUUGGCAAAAAUCCCUUACUUGGGAGAUUACCAACAAGAAGACUAUCGAACUGAAACCGGUUCAACUGACUCACCAGCAGCUGCACAAGAACAGUCUCAAACUCAACAGAACAAUCAAAAUCAAGAAGCCAGCGAUUCCUUGGCGAACGACGGUAGUAAUGAGCAAGACGCAAAUUACAACUACGACGAUUAUUACGCUCAAGCCAACGACGGGAAUCAAGAUGAUGAAAACGACAAAAUGCCAUUGAUUCAAGAACCACCGACGAAACAAAUCAUGCAGGAAGAAGCCAAUGGCAGCGACAAAUCAAGCAACAACAACAACAGCGAUGAUCAAGAAGAAGAAGAAGAAGAUCCCCCACUGAAAAACCAAAAAAAUAAGUUUGAAAACUCUGAUCAGAAUAACAACUCAGCAGAUGAAAAUGAUGACGUCGACGAAGACGUGAAGCUAGGAAACAAGAAUAAAAAAAAAUUCAAAAAGAGACCAGGAAAGAAUCAGCAGAACCAGAACCUGGUCAAUAUCGCCAACAUCAAUGACGAAGAAAUCGACGGGCUUCAGCAAACCGACGACUAUCCCGAAGUGGAAGACGUGAGAAUCCCGAUAUUAAACGACGAGGAAGAUGAUAAUGACAGCAAUGACAAUAAUGACGACGACAAUGACAAUAAUGACAAUAAGUUCAACGACCCCAGCCCUUAUUACCGACAUCAUCAACAGCAACAACAGCGUUUUCGACGGGUAAAUAACAAAAACAAUAACAACUUCAACAACUUCAACAACAUGAACAAUGUCAAGAUCCCGGAUAUCGAGCUUGACGACGACGAAGAAGACGACCAGGCCAAGAUUUUCGACAGUUUGAAUCAAAAUGCUGGUUUUGGUCUGAUUUCUGACCCCUUGGAAAGUAUUCCGGUUCCGCAAACAAUUAAUGAGACACCUGAGUUCGAUGACGACCCGACUGCAGUUUCAGCACCUGAUGAUGACAUUCUUGAGUUCAAAGUGUCCGAUAUGGAUCAAGUCGAUGACAGCAACGAAGAGAAGAAGAAGAACAAUCGGCAGCAGUCGUUGCUCUGGCGCCUGAACCCGUUGCGCGGUUUCCGGAGAAGACCGACAUCUUCCGACGAAGACGAAGACGACGCCGAGAGUCGCAUGCGUGCCCGUCGUAGACAGGCCGUGAACCAGAGGCCGCUGCCAGUCCGUCAAAGCAAUAAGCCGCCGGCAUUGUCAAACUCUAAAUCUCAGCAGAAUCAAAUCAGAAGACGACCGCCGACCCAUCGGGGUCNCGACCCGACUGCAGUUUCAGCACCUGAUGAUGACAUUCUUGAGUUCAAAGUGUCCGAUAUGGAUCAAGUCGAUGACAGCAACGAAGAGAAGAAGAAGAACAAUCGGCAGCAGUCGUUGCUCUGGCGCCUGAACCCGUUGCGCGGUUUCCGGAGAAGACCGACAUCUUCCGACGAAGACGAAGACGACGCCGAGAGUCGCAUGCGUGCCCGUCGUAGACAGGCCGUGAACCAGAGGCCGCUGCCAGUCCGUCAAAGCAAUAAGCCGCCGGCAUUGUCAAACUCUAAAUCUCAGCAGAAUCAAAUCAGAAGACGACCGCCGACCCAUCGGGGUCGUCAUCGUCCCGAAAGAAAUUACGUCCGGUUCGACUUUGACAAUGACAAGGAGUUCGACGAUGACGACGAGCCCAAAACGUCGAGCUUCAGAAGGCCUUCGUCGUCGGGACAUCCGGCCCAGCAGCAGCAAUCUUCGCGUCGUCGCGCUCAGCCGAUCCGACGAUUUUUGCGCAACCGAACGAGUUUCUUUGGCAGGAAUAGAAAAACGGGGAAUCGCGGGAGAUUUUUCCAGGUGGAUAACGCAGUUGAAUCAAAAACCAAAGAACGGCGAUUGGUGCCAGCAACAUCACUUGGGGACUUUAGCGAAUUCGACGAAGUUUCGCAAAAUUAUUCGUCGAUCUUCCCGCUGAAAUACGCCGCCAAAAAAGAAGAGCAAGAAGCGGCGGCGACUGCAACGAAAAUAAGUCAGCAAACUCAGAGCAAUGCUGGUCGCAAAGCUGUAUUUGAGGUCAUCACAAAACCCAACUACUUUUUCUUCGACGAGGAUCCGACGAUUGUGACAACGUCACCCGCAGUGAUGCCAAAAACUACAACCACCCCUGCGAGAGUGCGAAAUUCGUGGCGUCCAUUGCCAACUGCGAGAGCGGAUUUGUUGCCGCCGCCGCGAGGAACUGAAAUUAACAAAGAUCAAAAUUUUCUUUCACCCUCCAGACGCAGGGACUCUUCGCCGGUGUACAACACCCGACAACGUCUCCAGCAGCAGCAGCAACAAACAAUAGGAGUUCGACACAGACCGAUUCAAUCCCGCAGCGUGACGUCGUCGUCAGCAUCGACACCAGUGACAGCCCGUCAGCGCAAGGCGUGUCCUCAGCCCGCGGGCAUCUUCCCGCACCCAGAGGACUGCACCAAAUUUCUCAACUGCGCCCACAAUCGAGCCUUCGAGCAAAACUGCCCCCCGGGGCUUCAUUUCAACCCCAGGGUCUCUGUUUGCGAUUGGCCUUCGAGUGCCAAGUGCAAACCUGGGUUUAUUGGCAUCAGGGACGAACCGCCGCCGGCGAACGAUUUCCUCGAUGGCGCAGCAACCGACGAGUACCCAGCAAUAGAUUUGCGGAUGCGAGGAAAUCGACAAGAAGCAAAUUUGCAAACGUAUCCAAGCAGUCAUUUCGCACCGAAUCAUCCCGACGGAGUCGUAAUUUCGGGCCAAAAUGAGCACAACAAGGAUCAACAGCAAUGGUUCAACAAUGCAAAUUUCAGGUCAGGGCGUCUGGCUUUGUCGUCUGCAAAUGACCUCGAGAAUGACAAAGUUUUCGGACCAGCAAAGGCCACUUCCAAGUUGCACGACUUGUGCCCCGAGGCGACGGGACUCUUCCCGCACAAACAUGACUGCGAAAAUCGCUGGAGACCGAUUUUACCUCCUGAUCACGAUUCCAACAACGAAAUCCUUCCCAGCAGCGAGUCCAUCGAUGCUGCUUCCUUUUCAAGGAAUAAUAGACCGCAAGAUGCGCGCGACAAGUCACAGGGUUCUUCAUUCAGGUCAGCCAGUGGAUCUGGGAUUUUCAGACCAGGUUUCAUACAACCCCCGACAACAACAACAACAACGACGACGACGACAACAACAACGCCCAGAACCACAGUCACGACGACAGCAAGUACUCAAAGACCGCCUAGAACCCCCACAACGAAAAGCAGGAACUUCGUCGAUGUGUGGAGAACGUUCACGGAUAUUCAACGAGCCACGCCGACAACAACAUCGACUCAUCGCAGCUCUAUUAUUCCUUCUCCAACAACAACAACGGCUAGUCCGUUGUUGUUGAAAGAAAGAUCAUCCAAACCAGAGAGGAAACAGGAAGAGAAGAAAGAUAGCUUAGGAGUUCCCAUAUCCAGAAGAAGAACGCUUCCAGAUAGCGGGCAAGCAGUUCGUUUGCGUGGUGGGAACGGACCCUGGGAAGGAUAUGUUCAGGUAUUUCAAGAUGGAAACUGGGGCUCAGUUUGCGACUCCGACUGGUCCGGGCUUGAGGCUGAUGUGGUUUGCAAGCAACUGGGAUUUGAAAGGGGUGCUUCAAAAACGGUGAAAGGUGGACUGACUUUCAUCAAGAAACCUAUCGAAAGAAGUCACUUGACAAAUGUCCAAUGCCUGGGCAAAGAAUCCUCCCUUCUCGAAUGCGCCGUUCAGAAAGGAUCGUUUUGUGCGGAGGAAUCCGUCGUCGGAGUAAUUUGUCGAAACAAUUCAGCUUCAAGGUGUAAUGUCAACGAGAUUCCGUUCAGAGGAACGUGUUUCGCUUUUCAUUUGGACGUUGAGGUCACACAUGAAGAAGCCAUGAUGCUUUGCCACGCAAAAGGCGGCCAUCUUAUUGACAUUCACACGCAAGAUGACAGCGACUUUUUGUCAGAAUGGCUUCAUCACUUCGGUGCCAAUGGGCCGAUCCAUACUGGGGGUGUGCAAGGUGUAACCGCAUCAAAGAGCUCUUUCUACUUGUGGGAACACUCAAUCGCUCGAUUCAACUUCGAAAAGUGGUGGCCUGGGUGGAAUGAAGACAACCGUCGGGCACCUGACAUUUCAGGGAACAGCCUCCAGUGCAUUACGCUUCACAACGUCUUCUUCGACGGCGUGGAGCGAGUCGGAGCUGACUACUACUACUGGGAAGUUUCACCUUGCACGCGACGCAUGCCGUUCAUGAAUAUCUGCUCUGUUGCCGGUCUUUCUGCGACGCUGUCUUUAUGUUAUGAUGACGAUGAUGUGAUCUUCCUCAGCAGUGCAGCGACGCGUGAAAAAUGCUGCGUAGAAGGAAACGGACAGUCGUACAGAGGCAAAGCAGACGUUUCCCUUUCUGGAAAGCCCUGUUUGAACUGGAACAGCCCAUCAGUCAUGGUUAUCCUGGGGAGGAAUGCCUUGUCGGACCUGGGCCUGGGUGAUCACAAUCAUUGCAGGAAUCCUGAUCGGGACGAUGCUCCCUGGUGCUUCACACCCAACGGGAAAUACGAGUUCUGCGAUAUCCCCUUGUGUCCCCCUCCGGAACCAUCUCCAGAUGCAGUGGAAAUCAGCUUCAGAUACAACAAGACAUGCCCGAGGCAAAACCAGUUUCAAUGUGAUGCGAAUCAAUGCAUCCUGACCGCAUACGUGUGUGAUGGUGAAGCCGAUUGCGACAAUGGAUUGGACGAGAAGUUCUGCACGGACUACAUGCACGAGUUUGAAGAAUCCGCUGGUCAUCGCCUUUUGGGCAACGACGUGACCAAGUGGAUGUUCAUUGACAAGAAGACAUGCGCCAGACGAUGUGCCGAGGCCAAGAACUUCCUCUGCAGAUCCUUCAGUUACAGCCCGCACACCGAAACGUGCAUUCUGAGUGACCACAAUGUGGCGACAUCUGGUGGGAAAGUGCAGGACAUCCGAUAUUCGUACUACGAAAGAAAAUCUACUCAAAUUGAUUGUUCUAAUUUACACGUCUGCACCAACGGAAAAUGCAUCAAUCAGACACGGGUAUGUGAUGGAUACAAGGACUGCCACGACAUGUCCGACGAAACCAGCUGCCCCGUACCGGAAGUCGCAGUAAAAAUCGUCGGCGGACAAAGGCCAAAUAUCGGAAGAGUGCAAUUAACCGUUUACGACAGGGACGGAGUGAUUUGCGACGACGAGUUCGGCCAACAAGACGCAGACGUGAUUUGCAGACAAGCCGGAUUCCCUUACGGUGCCCUGAAGGCAAUUCCGGGCUCUGCUUUCGGCUCCGGAAACGGAAACAUCCUGAUGGACAAUUUACGAUGUUUGGGCAACGAAACGUCGGUGGGCGAGUGCAAGUUCAACGGAUGGGGAGACCAUGACUGCUCCCCAUUGACGCAAGUAGCAGGUGUGGAGUGCAAAGUGGAAAACGACGGAUGUGCGGAGUUUGAGUUCGAAUGCAAAAGUUUGGAGUGCAUCCCGAUGGACUUCAUUUGUGACCAGGUCAAGGACUGCAGUGACGGAAGUGACGAGCUGAAAGAAAAUUGUGACGCUCCACUGUCAGUUAGACUUAUCGGCGGAACGGCGAACAAAAAGAUUGGACGAGUGGAAGUCAGACGUCACGGUUUGUGGGGCACUAUUUGCGACGACUCUUUCGACGACAAUGACGCUAAGGUAAUCUGCUCAAUGAUGGGCAUCAGACAAGGCGGCAGAUUUUUGCCGAAGACGGAGUCGACUUUUGGACCGGGAAUCGGACCGAUUUGGCUUGACGAACUGGAAUGCAAUGGUGAGGAAAGCAGUGUGGCUGAGUGCAUCCACGAAGCUUGGGGCGCAGGCAAUUGUCGACACGACGAGGACGUGGCUGUCGAGUGCUUCGACACCUCAUCGGAACUUGUCACGUCGACAGCAAACCCUUCGUCAGGACACGAGACACUUCUGCGACCUAGGCCCGCAAUAUUGCCAAACGUGUGCGGAUUGCGAGAUGUUGACGAGAUUUCCGGCACAACAUCUGCAAAUCGACGAGGAAAAGUCAUCGCUGGUAGGACCACGACUCCUGGGGCUCAUCCUUGGCAGGCGAGUCUGCGGAUCCGAUCCGGAACGAAAAGCACUCAUUGGUGCGGAGCCGUGAUUGUGAGUCCAAAUCACGUCAUUACGGCUGCUCAUUGCUUGGAAGAUUACCCAAAGAAAGCGUAUGUCAUCAGAGUUGGCGACUACGACACUCAAUCGACGGCAAACCCUUCGUCAGGACACGAGACACUUCUGCGACCUCGGCCCGCAAUAUUGCCAAGCGUGUGCGGAUUGCGAGAUGUUGACGAGAUUUCCGGCACAACAUCUCCAAAUCGACGAGGAAAAGUCAUCGCUGGUAGGACCACGACUCCUGGGGCUCAUCCUUGGCAGGUGGAAGACCUUGAAGAACAAGAAUUUCAUAUUGAGGAAAUGUACACGCAUGAGAAGAAACACGAAAGCAUCAGAUACAACAACGAUGUUGCUCUCAUCAAGCUCAAGUCCUCCAGGGAAUCAUUCGUCGGAGCAGCCAUCAAAUUUGGCACGAAGGUACAGGCGAUUUGUCUGCCUGACCCUGGCUCAGCGGUGUAUUCCCCUGGCCGGAAUUGCACCUUAUCUGGCUGGGGCAGCACUGGUGUCAGUUACGCCUUCAAGUUGCAAUCCGCCACAGUGCCGAUUUUAGCGGACUCGGCUUGCCGACAGCCAAAUGUCUAUGGAGAUAGGAUCACUACUGGAAUGUUUUGCGCUGGCUUUCUUACUGGCGGAAUCGAUUCUUGCCAAGGUGAUUCCGGUGGCCCACUGACGUGCGUCGAUGACGGAGUUCAUUAUCUGUACGGAAUCAUUAGCUGGGGUCAUGGAUGCGCCCAACCGAAUCGGCCUGGGGUCUACACGAAAGUCACACAUUAUUUGGGCUGGAUAUUUGAGCAUUUGAACCUAUGAAAAACU